GCCAAGACUUGUUAGGCUCUGAGAGGCGGCGGGUCUGGUCUCAACCGCCUGGGCUGGGGGCGUCGCUCCUUAUGGCAUCCAUGGUCCUGGGGCUUUGCCAAGCCCGGGGCGGGUUGGGGGAAGGAGCCUGGGGUGUACCCGCCCUUCCCUGUUGCUCAGCGUCACGCGUGACGUCCGGGUGAUGGCUGGGAGGGAAGCAGCGAACGAUGAGGAAGGCGGGUCUGAAAGCUGCAGAGGCUGGGAACCCGGGAAAGCAAAAUGGGUGCGUUGCCCUUAAAUAUCAACAUCCAGGAACCUCGAUGGGACCAAAGCACAUUCCUAGGCAGAGCCCGGCACUUCUUCACAGUUACUGAUCCUCGAAAUCUGCUGCUGUCUGGAGAGCAGUUGGAAGCUUCCAAGAACAUUGUGCAGAAUUACAGGGCUGGUGUGGUGACCCCAGGGCUUACUGAGGACCAGCUGUGGACAGCCAAGUAUGUGUAUGAUUCUGCCUUCCAUCCAGACACAGGGGAGAAAUUGGUCCUGAUUGGCCGCAUGUCAGCCCAGGUGCCCAUGAACAUGACCAUCACUGGCUGCAUGCUCACUUUCUACAGGAAGACCCCGACUGUGGUGUUCUGGCAGUGGGUGAACCAGUCUUUCAAUGCUGUUGUUAACUACUCCAAUCGCAGUGGAGAUGCUCCUAUCACUGUGCGGCAGUUGGGAACAGCUUAUGUGAGUGCUACCACUGGGGCUGUGGCCACAGCUCUGGGACUCAAAUCCCUCACCAAGCACCUACCCUCGCUAGUCAGCAGAUUUGUGCCCUUUGCAGCUGUGGCUGCUGCCAACUGCAUCAACAUCCCCCUGAUGAGGCAGAGGGAGCUGCAAGUGGGCAUCCCUGUGACCGAUGAGGCAGGUCAGAGGCUUGGCCACUCAGUGACUGCGGCCAAACAAGGAAUCUUCCAGGUGGUGGUAUCGAGAAUCUGCAUGGCGAUUCCUGCCAUGGCCAUUCCUCCAGUGAUCAUGAACACUCUGGAGAAGAAAGACUUCCUGAAGCAUCGCCCCUGGCUGGGGGCGCCCCUGCAGGUGGGACUGGUGGGCUUCUGCCUGGUAUUUGCCACACCCCUGUGCUGCGCUCUGUUUCCCCAGAGGAGCUCCAUACAUGUGACCAGGCUGGAGCCAAAGCUGAGAGCUCAGAUCCAUGAGCAAAACCCCAACAUUGAUGUGGUUUACUACAACAAGGGCCUUUGAUAGGAGUUGGCCGCUGCCCUCUUUCUUACCACCUUGAGCUACUGCUUUGGUGCCACAUUGCCAAUUCUACACUUGUCUUUUUGCCUGGUACCAGGCAGGGGACUUGAUGGGGGAGCAGCCACUGAGACCAGCGAACCAUAAGGCCGCAGUAGAAGCGCCCCCAUAAGCCUCUUCUUUCUCUGGUUUCGGAGAACAAGUCACAUAGCCCCUCCCUUCUAUGCUUGUGUGUGUGCAUACAUAUGUAUGUGAUACAUGUACAUGAUUAUACAUUUGGCCCCUAAGCUGUUCUGGAAUAUUAUGAUAUCUGGCUUCCCUCUUGGCCAUCUAGUAGCCAGGUUACAGGCGGGACUUCCUUCCCUAAACUGUUCCUCUUGCCAAGUCAUUCCUUUCCUCUGUGGGGAGGAGGUGUUGAGACAGGGUCUUCUUGUAGCCCAAGCUGGUCUGGAACUCACUAUGUAUAUGAGACUGGCCUCAAUCUCACAGAGAUCUGCCUGUCUCUGGGAUUAAAGGUGAGCACCACCACACCUAGCUCCAAGACAUUUCUGACAGCACCUUACCCCCCUGGACACAGGUAGAGCCCCAGGAUCUCAGGACAGAGAUUGAAGGACACUAGCAGGCUAAACAUAGCUAAAUCCUGUAGAUUUCUGAUAGCUGGCUCCAAAAGCUGGCUCAGGCCCUGGGCUGGCAGAGGAAGCCAUGUUGGACAAGGAAGGCAGAGAUCUUAAGCCUGUCAUGUACCAGAUCCUAGAAUCACUCCACUUUCUCUCUUCCUCUACAAGAAUAGAGGAAUGCCAGUACCUGUACCAUCUUGCUGUAUCCCCCCUGCUGUCCACAAUGAAAUGUGGGCCCCUUUAGGGACAAUCUUAGUUGUUCUUGGUCUGCUCUGAUGUCAUGACUCAGACAGAAAUCCCACAAUUCCAAUUCCUUCCCCAAUUAGAAAAAUACACAGAGAGAAUAAGCAUUCCCCUUCAGGAACCCCUACCACCUGUACCCACUUAUAGGGGGACUGGUGUGGGAAUGGUGCUUAAACACAGGCCUCCAGUGUACAAUCUAUAGGCAGGUAAUUCUGUUUCACUGACCCUUGUUAGACAUUCGCCCACCCUCACUUUAGCUCCUUCUUUUCUACCCAUCUCCUCUCUGGAAGAGGGCUUCACACGUGCUAAGCAAGUGCUCUCUCACUAAGCUACACACCCCCAGCCCUUCCUUCUCUUUCUUGAAGUGUGGCUCAGCCUUCUCUCUGCCCUCCAAGAAGAAGAAGGACCCAGGCCUCGAUGUUUGGACCAAAUGGAAGAAUGGCUUGGGAAUGGCAUGGGUGGUGGUGACUCCAGGGCACAGAAUUAGAUCUCCACUCCGAAUUCCCUGACCUCUGGCUUAAAAGGUGAAUGGGGUGAUUGGAAAGGUCCCAGUGGGAUCCUCUGAGACCACUUUCCUGCUCCCUAACCACCUUCUCCAGGGACAACAGCUGUGAUAACAUAGUGUUAAUAAACUGCAAGCCUGUCUACUUCUUAAUCUUCA